AUGUCAGCCGCAGACCCGAUGCCGACCGAGCCCUUCCAGCUCUCCGCCAUCCUCACCGGCCACGAGCAGGACGUGCGAUCCGUGGGACCGUUCGCCGACGGCCAGGUCAUCACCGGCUCGCGCGACGCGACGGUGCGUGUGUGGAAAGUCGACAGCGAGUCGGCUGACGGAGCCUCUGCCACGUGCACGCACACGCUCAGCGGCCACACGCACUUUGUGGGCGCCGUCGGCAUCACCGCCGCCGGCGAGGCCCUGUCGGGCUCCAACGACAAGCACAUCAUCAUCUGGAACACCGAGGCGGCGGCGCCGGCGCACGUGCUGCAGGGCCACACCGAGCCGGUCACGUGCGUCCGCGUCUCGCCGAGCAGCGGGCAGCUCUUCUCCGCGUCGUGGGACAAGACCGCGCGCGUGUGGGACCUCGGCAGCGCCAGCUGCGUCGCCGUGCUGAAGGGGCACGAGGCGGCGCUCUGGGCGGUGCAGCCGCUUGGCGAGGAGGCUGCAUCCGACCGGUGCCUCACGGGGGGCGGGGACCGGACGAUCAAGCUCUGGGCGGGCGAGACGUGCGAGCGCACGUACGAGGGCCACAGCGACGUCGCGGGCUUCCUGUCGUGCUCGAACGACGCGACGGUGAGGAUGUGGGAGCUGGGCGGCGAGUGCCUGCGCGUGCUGCAGGCGUCGGAGACGUUCCUCUACUCGGUCUCCGUCCUGCCCGGCGGGGAGUGGCUCACUUGCUCCGAGGACCGCACCGUCCGCGUCUGGGCGGGCGGCAGCGACGACUGCGUCCAGUCGAUCACUCACCCGGCGACAGUGGAGGGGAUGGUCGGCGAUCUGGACGUGUCGCAGCUGGCGAGCGAGGAGGCGCUGGCCCAGCCGGGCGAGCGGGAGGGGCAGCACAAGAUCGUCAAGGACGAGGGCGGCACGCCGAUGCUCUACACGUGGUCGAUGGCAAAGGGCACGUGGGAAAAGAUCGGCGAGGUGACGGGCUCGUCGGGCGGCACGUCGCUCGGCAAGCGGAUGCACGGCGGCAAGGAGUACGACUACCUCUUCGACAUCGACAUCAACGGCGUGCCACUGCCCGACCACGACACGUCCACGACACGCAGCAUGCUCAAGUUGCCCUUCAACCGCGGCGACGACCCCUGGUGGGCGGCGCAGCAGUUCCUCUGGAACAACGACAUCGACCAGGCCUUCCUCGACCAGGUCGCAAACUUCGUCAUCACAAACACGCCCGGGAACCAGGUCUCGUCCGGCCCGCGCAACGCCGACCCAUUCACCUCUGGCGGCUCGUACCGGCCCGCCGCCAACGGCGCGGGAUCGAGCGGCGCAAACGGAGGCAACGCCGACCCCUUCACCUCUAGCGGCGCCUACCGGCCCGGCGCGGCCCCCGAGGGCGUGCCCAGCUGUGGCGGGUCGAGCGCGCCGCAGGACCCGUGGAUGCGAGGCGCGUACACCACCGCGCAGGGCGCCGCCGCCGCCGCCGCCGCCGCCGUUACUUCCGCCGCCGCCGCCGCGCCGCCGCCUUCCUACGUCUCGUUCGAGGCUGGCAAGCACGACGCGGCCCUCGCCAAGCUGCUCGAGUUCUCCGCCAAGUUGCGCGACGGCGAGGGGCCCGACCUCGCGCUCGACGAAACCCAGGAGAGCGGCCUCGCCGCGCUCGUCGCCGAGCUGCGCAAGGGCGGCGCCUCCGCCGCCCUCGCCCUCGCGCCCGCCACCCUCGCCACCUUCACCGGCGAGGGCGGCCGGCCCGGCCUGCUCGGCUGGCCCGCGCCGUACCUCUUCCCGGCGCUCGACUUGCUGAGGCUCGCGCUGCUCCGCGCGGCCAGGAGCGGCGUCGACACCCUCGAGCCGCCGAUGGCCCUGCGGCUGACCGCGCUGCUCGCGCCCGGCUCCGCCGCCGCCGCCGAGAAGGCGGCGCCGCUCAUGGCGCUGCGCGGGCUCGCAAACAUGGCUGCCAACCCCGCGCUGCGCCCGCUCGCCGCGCCGCACGCUGGCGCGAUGCUCGAGAGCCUCUCGCCCUUCCUCGGCGGCGAGAGCCCGCCCGCCACCCGCCUCGCCGCGAGCUCGCUCCUCCUCAACGCCUCCUCGCUGCUCAAGGACAAGGCGGCGGCGGCGGCGGACGAGGAGGGCCUCCUGAUGCAGGGCCUCUCGCUUGUCUCGCACGCCCUCGCCACGCCCUCCCUCGAGGAGGAAGCCCUCUUCCGCGUGCUCUGCUCGCUCGGCGCGCUGCUCGAGACGGGCGCCGCCGCCGCAGAGACCGCGAGCUCGCUCGACAUCGAGUCCGCCCUCGACGGCCUCCGCUUGCCCGACGGCGGCGCGCCAAAGGUGCGCCAGAAGCUGGCGGCCGUCCGGGCGGCACUCGCCAAGCGCAGCAAGCAGUGA